AAAUGUUAUCAUCAAAAGGAACAAUCUUCAAAUUAUCAAUUCAUUGCAAAGAUCGUGGGUAGAUCCAUGGCUGAUUGCUCAUAUAAUCAUAAGUAUUUGCUUCCUUUUUAAUAAUUUGAUAAUUAGAGUAUUAGUUUCCCCAUACCUAUUGAGAAAAAAAAUUCAAAUAUUUCACGAUUAUAAGAACGAAAAAAAAAAAGAAAAAAGUAAACCAUUAGAAUUUAGGAGGAUCCAAUAAUCAAUAAGCCAUGAUUUUCACCCAAUUGCUAACUUUAUUGAAAUAUAAUACUCCAUAACAAACAAAUAAUUGUCUACCCACCAUAACCUAACCUUUCAUAGUCUCCCUUUUUCUCACCUACACUAAACUACUUUAUAUCAUUUCUCCACAAUCCAUUACCACCAUUAUCCAACAUCAAACAACCAAAACCUUCCAUAUUAAAAAUUAAAGCUUUCCCAAUUCCAAAAAAAAAGAAAAAAAAAACAACCACUUUGUAUCACAUAUCCGUUUUAUUUUUAUUUAUAUAUUAUUUUCUUAAAAUUAAAAUUUUGCUCUCACUCGUUUGGUAGCUCCACAAGUCCGCAGUACAACCCCACCUCACCUGAACGGCUGAACCCAGAAAAAAAAAAGAAGAAUCAGUCUUUCAGUCUUCAAAUUCACUUCAUCAUUUCCCUUUUUCCCCAGAAAAUUAAUAUCUUACCUUCAUUUUUUCAGUUUUAAUUUAAUUAUUUUUAAAUCAAUCAACUAUAACGAUUUGUUCUUCAGUCUUUUUUCUACCUGUUCUUGGGAUUAAUUUUGAAAUGUUGGGAUUUUUAUGGGUCCGUGUUUCGAUCGAAAUAGCGCUGGAUUUUUGAUGGGAAAGUGGGUUUUUAGUGAAAUUAUUCAUGGAGGUGAUGAUUUAUAAAACUCCAUGUUUUGGGUUACGAUUUGUUAAUUGUUUCAGAUUUGCUGUCAUUCUUUUCGAGAUUGUUUUGGUAUUGGGGUUUUUCUCAAUCUCAUCAGAGUCCAUAGAUUAUCAGCUUCAACAGCAAGGGCAAGAAAGGGAAGUCAAAAGUAUUAGCUCACAUUCUUGUAUACAUGAUCAAAUUAUUGCACAGCGGAGGCGACCUGGUCGCCAGGUUUAUUCUGUUACCCCUCAAGUGUAUGAGGAGCCUAGUUUCACUGAGUCUCUCAGCCGCAAGGGGCGUGCUUUGCUAGGUAUGAUGGAAUCCAUGCCACAAUCUGAAGAUGGAAAGUGGCCAAUUAGAAUAUUUUUAAAUUAUGACGCAGUAGGUCAUUCUCCUGAUAGAGAUUGCCGAAAUGUUGGGGACACUGUAAAGGUUGGGGAGCCUCUUAUGACAUCUUUUCCAGGAACACCUUUUUGUAAUCCUAAUGUUGAUCCACCAAUUUCGGGGGAUUGCUGGUAUAAUUGUACUUUGGAAGAUAUAUCUGGAGGUGACAAAAAGCAUCGCCUGCAUAAGGCUCUGGGGCAGACAGCUGACUGGUUCCAGAGAGCCCUAGCCGUUGAGCCUGUUAGAGGAAAAUUGCGACUGAGUGGAUACUCUGCAUGUGGACAAGAUGGAGGUGUACAGCUACCAAGGGAAUAUGUAGAAGAGGGUAUUGCUGAUGCAGAUUUGGUUCUUUUGGUAACCACAAGGCCAACAACUGGAAACACACUAGCAUGGGCUGUGGCAUGUGAGCGGGAUCAGUGGGGCCGUGCUAUUGCAGGCCACGUAAAUGUUGCUCCCCGCCAUUUGACUGCAGAAGCUGAAACACUACUUUCUGCAACCCUCAUACAUGAGGUUAUGCAUGUUCUUGGUUUUGAUCCACAUGCUUUUGCACAUUUUCGUGAUGAGCGCAAAAGAAGACGAGCUCAGGUCACAAAACAUAACAUGGAUGAAAGGCUAGGAAGGAUGGUAACACGUGUGGUGCUCCCUCGUGUUAUAAUGCACGCGCGGUAUCAUUAUGGGGCAUUUUCUGAAAACUUUACUGGUUUAGAGCUAGAAGAUGGUGGUGGGCGAGGAACAUCAGGCUCGCAUUGGGAGAAGAGACUAUUGAUGAACGAGAUCAUGACAGGAUCUGUGGAUACAAGGUCUGUUGUUUCAACAAUGACUCUGGCUUUAUUGGAGGAUAGUGGAUGGUACAAGGCCAACUAUAGCAUGGCAGACCGCCUUGACUGGGGGCGCAAUCAAGGCACUGAAUUUGUUACCUCACCAUGCAAUCAAUGGAAGGGAGCCUAUCAUUGCAACAAUACCCAAUUGUCAGGUUGUACAUAUAACAGGGAGGCAGAAGGGUACUGCCCCAUUGUAAAUUAUAUUGGCGAUCUCCCUCAGUGGGCCCAGUACUUCCCACAGGCAAAUAAAGGUGGGCAGUCUUCAUUAGCAGAUUAUUGCACAUACUUUGUAGCUUAUUCUGAUGGAUCUUGUACCGACACCAACAGUGCAAGAGCACCUGACAGAAUGCUGGGAGAAGUGCGUGGAAGCAACUCCAGGUGCAUGGCCUCUUCUUUAGUUCGAACUGGGUUUGUACGUGGUUCAAUGACUCAGGGAAAUGGUUGUUAUCAGCAUCGAUGUAUAAACAAGACAUUAGAGAUUGCAGUGGAUGGCAUAUGGAAAGCCUGCCCUGCAGCUGGUGGCCACAUUCAAUUUUCUGGGUUCAAUGGUGAGCUGGUUUGCCCUGCUUAUCAUGAACUUUGUAGCACAUCAUCACUUCCGAUCUCAGGUCAAUGUCCCAAUUCUUGCAAUUUGAAUGGAGAUUGUGUAAAUGGGAGGUGUCGUUGUUUUUUGGGGUUCCAUGGCCAUGACUGUAAUAAACGCUUCUGUCCUACUAACUGUACCAACCAUGGAAACUGUCUUGAUAAUGGGGUCUGUGAGUGUCAUAAUGGAUACACAGGCGUUGACUGUUCCACAGCUGUAUGUGAUGAGCAAUGCAGCCUUCAUGGAGGUGUCUGUGACAAUGGAGUUUGUGAGUUCCGUUGCUCUGAUUAUGCUGGCUACACAUGCCAAAAUAGUUCUUUGUUGAUGUCAAGUCUCUCAGUCUGCCAAAACGUCCUUAAAAAUGAUUUUUCUGGGAAACACUGUGCUCCUAGUGAACUAAGUAUAUUGCAGCAGCUUGAAGAGGUGGUUGUCAUGCCCAACUAUCACCGUCUCUUUCCAGGUGGGGCUCGAAAGUUAUUCAACAUUUUUGGCAGCAGUUAUUGUGAUGAAGCUGCUAAAAGGCUAGCUUGCUGGAUUUCAAUUCAAAAAUGCGACAUGGAUGGUGACAACAGGCUAAGAGUCUGCUAUUCAGCAUGCCAGUCUUAUAACUUAGCAUGUGGGGCUUCGCUGGACUGCUCAGAUCAAACACUUUUCAGCAACAAGGAAGAAACUGAAGAUCAAUGUACUGGCGCUAGUGAGAUAAAGUUGUCAUGGUUUAGUCGCUUUAGAAGCGGCAUUCACUAUGUUGAUAGUUCCAUGAAAGAAUCAUCUGUAAAAUAUAGUCAGAAGCUGUAACCCCCCCUCUCUUUCACCUUUUAAUUUUUAUAGGCUGUUUAUUGUAGGAGAAAGGCAGGCGCAAUCUGUCGUGCCUUUAGGUGUAGGAAUUUAGCUUUCUUCCAUUCUAAAUGUCAUUUAGGAACGGGGGUUGAGUAGGAAAAUUCAGCUAGCUAGACUUUCGAAAUGAAAGUCCCAAUUGUAGAGAAAAUUGUAUGAGGCAAAAGGAAAAAACAAAGAAAUAUCAAGGAAAAAAAAAAAAAAAAAAAAAAAACAGGAAAUUGUAGGACAAAAGAAAAAGGAAUACUUUUGUCAAUGUUAAAUCUCAGAGAUGGCCGAAGGCUGUUUAUAAGAGAAUGAGAAAUCGUCAAUUUCGGUUUGAGUUUCGUACUUCAUGUAUGUAUAUUUUAGUGAAGGCAUUUCUCCUCUGUGUCUUAGAUGUUUGUAAAUGUUAAAGCCUGGACUUGUAUGUAUGUUAUACUAUUGCAGAGAAUAAUGAUUAUCUUGCCA